AUGAAGUACUUGGGGAUGAUAGUGGAGCGUGGCCUACUCUUCAAGGACCACAUUGUCGAAGCUUCAUCCAAGGCGGAAAAGAUGGCAAACGCCCUAGGGAGACUUAUCGGAGGCCCAAAAGAGUCCAGAAGGAAACUCCUCUCAUCAGUCACAAUGGCAAUACUCCUUUACGGAGCACCAUCCUGGGCGGAGACAAUGUCCCUGGUCCCGAGAAACAAGGCACUAGUCAACGGCGUGCAGCGGAAGGCGCUACUCCAAAACAUCUGCGGCUACCGCACAGUGUCAGAAACAGCCACUAACAUCCUGGCCGGCUCGCCGCCUGCCGACUUACUGGCCGAGGAACGCAGUGCCUCGUUCAGCCAGAAGAGGUCUGGUGUACGCAGCGAGCACUCUCCCCGUGCCACCACAAUGGUGAAGUGGAAAGCACGCAUCGCUGAGUCGCUAUCCGGUGAUUGGAGCCAGUGGCUAAUCCCGGACGUUGAAAAGUGGUGCCUCGGCAAACAAGGGGACCUAGACUACCAUUAA